GCAGCGGGUGAAGGCAAUAAAACAUGUGACACAAACAAGCUCCAAAACACCUGCUCGCCAUCCUUCCCUCGAGUGUUCCUCUUCCGGCGGAGAAGAUGCCCCUUAAAUGGCUCCUCCACUGGCAACCUAAUCCAGGAACAACUGUGAGUAGUCAAAUUCUUACAGAAGUCUCUCAGUGCGUGGAGAGCAUCAAUGGCGUAAAGGAAGGAAGAUGGAAAGCUACUCUCACAUUCUACAAACCUAUGUUAAGAGACCAGAGUAUGGCAGCUGAUUAUCCUCGCGAUUUUCUGGGACUUUCACUUCAGGAGCAACCCAGCAAAUACUACUGUAUCAUUCGUGGUCAGCGUAUUGUAGUUGAGACAGAUUCGACAAUUCAGAUAGUAAUGGAGAAGUUGCAGUCUUACAAGUCUCGAGUCUCGCUUAAUUUUGAGGGGUUUCAAUAUCAACUUGGGGACUUCCAACUGAGAGUCGGAAAAGUAGUCCCUGCAAACUCUGAACAUUUGAGGGGAAUUGUUAUGGAGGUGGAGUAUCUUCCAAUUUCAUCACUAGAUAAAUCCAGACAGAUCAUGGAAGAGUUUGUUGAAAUAUGGCAAGAAAUUGUAUCAAAUAGAUCAUUGCCGGGUCACUUUAUGCAUAUAGAUCCAAAUUUUGCUGAGUAUGGACUCUCAGAUCACUAUUCUUCACAACAUACAGCUGUUCAGUAUGCUUCGGUCAUGGCUCAAUUGAUUGCUACUGUAAGAAACUAGGAAUUCAAGAUUUUAUAUUAUAGCUUUCCCUGCUUAAAAUUGUACUUCUCCUUGGUUUAUUCACAAUUUUCGUUCAGAACAUUGAAUUGAAAUAUCUUAGGUACUGGGGGUUCUCCCUCUAUAACACUGAUAAUGACAUACAGAUUACAUGUUUAUUUUUCAAACAGUAGCAGCUGGAAGACAAAUGUAGAUGGAAGUGUUUGUGUAUGAUAAGGGAACUGAAAGAAAUUUG